GCGGGACCAGGGAAACCCGGAGAGCCUUCUGCUGCCUCUUCCUAGCCCAACCCACUGCAGGGGCACUGUGGGCUUCCACGCAGCGGUGCCCGGAGUACAGCGAAGGCUGCCCAGGCCGGCCUCGCCCUGCAGAUGGUCGCCGAUUGCAGGCAGAACAGGAAGCCAAGCGCAGGUCUGGUCUCCAGGAGGAGAAGCCCCACCAGGGCACCGGGACCCCCGAGCUGAGGGCACGAUGGCCACGUCGGGGCCCCUGAGGAGCCUGGAGGAGGAGGUGACCUGCUCCAUCUGCCUGGAUUACCUGCGGGACCCGGUGACCAUCGACUGCGGCCACGUCUUCUGCCGUAGCUGCACCAGUGACAUCCGCCCAUCCUCUGGGAGCCGCCCUGUCUGUCCACUGUGCAAGAAGCCCUUUAAGAAGGAGAACAUCCGGCCUGUGUGGCAGCUGGCCAGCCUGGUGGAGAACAUUGAGCGGCUGAAGGUGGACAAGGGCCGGCAGCCGGGGCAGCAGGCCCGAGACCCACAGGACGUGAGGCUGUGUGAGCGGCACCAGGAGAAGCUGCACUACUACUGCGAGGACGAUGGCAAGCUGCUGUGCGUCAUGUGCCGCGAGUCCCGGGAGCACCGGCCCCACACGGCUGUCCUGGUGGAGAAGGCCGCCCUGCCGCACAGGGAAAAAAUCCUGAACCACCUAAGCACCCUAAGGAGAGACAGAGACAAAAUUCAGGGCUUUCAGGCCAAGGGAGAAGCGGACAUCCUCGCUGCACUGACAAAGUUGCAGGAACAGAGGCAGUACAUCGUGGCGGAGUUUAAGCAGGGCCACCAGUUCCUGAAGAAGCGGGAGCAGCACCUUUUGGACCAGCUGGCCGCCCUGGAGCAGCUGCUCACCGAGGGCAGGGAGAAGUUCAAGACCCGGGGCAUCAGCGAGCUAGGCCGGCUGGCUCUGGUCAUCUCUGAGCUGGAAGGCAAGGCUCGGCAGCCAGCUGCAGAGCUCAUGCAGGACACCAGGGACUUCAGCAGCAGGUACCCUCGGAAGAAGUUCUGGAUUGGAAAGGCCAUCCCUCACAUGAUUAAAAGAAAGACGGGAGAAUUCUCAGAUAAACUCCUCUCUCUGCAGCGAGGCCUGAGGCAGUUCCAAGGAAAGCUGCUGAGAGACUUGGAAUAUAAGACAGUAAAUGUCACCCUGGACCCACAGUCAGCCAGUGGGUACCUGCAGCUGUCGGAGGACUGGAAGUGCGUGACCUACACCUGCCAGUACCAGAGUGACUCCCUGCACCCCCAGCAGUUUGACUGUGAGCCGGGGGUGCUGGGCAGCAAGGGCUUCACCUGGGGCAAGGUGUACUGGGAAGUGGAGGUGGAGAGGGAGGGCUGGUCUGAGGAGGAGGAGGGUGGGGAGGAGGAGGAAGACGGGGAAGAGGAGGAAGAGGAAGAGGAGACCAGCUAUGAGGACGGAUAUGAAGACUGGGAAACGGAUGAAGAUGAGGAAUCCCUAGGGGAGGAAGAGGAAGAGGAGGAGGAAGAGGUGGAGGACAUUCUGGAAAGUUGCAUGGUGGGAGUGGCCAGAGACUCUGUGAAGAGGAAGGGGGACCUCUCCCUGCGGCCUGAGGACGGUGUGUGGGCACUGCGGCUCUCCUCCUUGGGCAUCUGGGCCAACACCAGCCCCGAGGCCCAGCUCUUCCCUGCGCUGCGGCCCCGGAGAGUGGGCAUCGCCCUGGAUUAUGAAGGGGGCACUGUGACAUUCACCAACGCAGAGUCGCAGGAACUCCUCUACACCUUCACCGCCACCUUUACCCGGCGCCUGGUCCCCUUCCUGUGGCUCAAGUGGCCAGGAACACGCCUUCUGCUGAGACCCUGAGCCCCGGCAUGUGCCGGCCUGGCUUGACAGAAGCUUCCCUUCUCUGGGAUUCCAGGACUGCGUGCCUUGGGAGGGUGCCUGGCCAGAGCACCUGGAGGAGAGGGCAUGGGGAACCUCACUCACAUCCACGGCCUCCCUUCUCCUCACUGCACAGCCUGGGGUUCCCAGUGCUCUCUUCUAUCCAUACUCCUUCCUGUCCUGUUCAUUUCUUGUGGGACCUCCUGCCCCUGAAAUCCAGAGGGCUCCCCCUUCCUGAGCCUUUCUUGGCCUAGCCCUGUGCAGUCUGUCGAGCAGGGGCAGCAGCAGUGUCUUCUGAUCAGUCGGCACCCAAUGUCUGCCAGCAUGGACAAAGAUCGUUGAUGCCAGUGGACCACCUCGCUCUCCUCAGUCCUGGGGUUCCCUUUGCCCAGAGCCACUCUGCUGCCCACCUUCCCUGGCUUUUAACAUACCUUUCCUACCCCACUCAGAGUUAAACACCUCAAAAUGUGAGAAUAAACAGUCAAGACCCAC